AAUGGCAGUGACGUCACUUACCGGAAGUGAUUUCGGUAGUGUGUUUCGCUUGAAAGGGAAGGAAACAAUUCUACUACUGUAAAACUCAUAUUAAAGGCGGUAAAAGACGCGUGUGUGAGAGAGCAGUUGAUUAUUUAAAGCGUGAUGGAUGAUGAAGAGGAAACUUACCGCCUGUGGAAAAUCCGCAAGACCAUAAUGCAGCUGUGCCAUGAUCGCGGAUACUUGGUGACACAGGAUGAGUUGGAUCAGACACUAGACGAGUUUAAGAGUCAGUUUGGGGACAAGCCGAGCGAGGGCCGUCCCCGGAGGACAGAUCUCACGGUGCUUGUGGCUCACAACGACGAUCCCACCGAUCAGAUGUUCGUUUUCUUCCCAGAGGAGCCCAAGGUGGGAAUUAAAACCAUCAAAAUGUACUGCCAGCGCAUGCAGGAAGAAAACAUCACCCGCGCCAUUAUUGUGGUCCAGAUGGGCAUGACGCCCUCUGCUAAACAGUCGCUGGUGGACAUGGCGCCAAAGUACAUCCUGGAGCAGUUCCUGCAGCAAGAGCUGCUCAUCAACAUCACAGAACACGAGCUGGUUCCUGAGCACAUCGUGAUGACGAAGGAAGAAGUGACAGAGCUGCUAGCGAGAUAUAAGCUGAAGGAGAGCCAGUUACCUAGGAUUCAGGCUGGAGACCCGGUGGCGCGAUAUUUCGGUCUGAAGAGAGGCCAGGUGGUGAAGAUCAUCCGGCCGAGUGAGACUGCUGGCCGUUAUAUAACCUACAGACUUGUACAGUGACUCUGCAGGGGCGUGGCACGGCGUGGCGUUAAACUCUUACACCGUUCCUUAUCAUGUCCUGAUGGAAGCUGGAUAUUACAUGUUGGGGGUUUUGUUCUUUAUCGCAGGCUAAUCACUGAGAUCAGAUAUCCUUCAAGCUUUAAGGUGGGCUCUUUCUGAUCUUUAGUCACAUUCACGUGAAACUCAGUAACUUUCUCACAAAACGCUGUCGGUGAAUAAAAGUUGUAACAUUGUUUUUGGACAGAUGUAUAUUAAUUUCAAAGUAAAUUGUAGUUGUAACAAUUUGCUGAAUAAAACAUGUUUUUAUAAUAAAGGGUCUUGAACUUUG